CACAUCAAUAUUUAAAUAGCAAUGGCCAACGUAGUUCUUAAAUGUUACACGCGCCCUGCCAAAGAAGCAACUGGCUGUGAAGUUUAUAAUUUGGUAACAUUAACCAAAUUCACAAUUGCAUAACUACAAAAAUUAAAAUCCACAAUAUUUACAUUGUGUGUACAUUAGAAUUGGGAUUCCGAUAUAAAUUGGAUCAAUCAGAGUCAUUUCCAGAAAUCGAUAUACAAAAGCAACAGGCUUUCUUCGCUGGAAAUUUGCCGUUCAAUCUACAACUCUCAUGCUCUCAAUCAAUAGAAUUCCAUUGACCGCCAAUUAAGCCACGCUCCAAAUUGACAAACAAUUAAUGUUAAUGCUCUGUGAACUUGUCGUUUGGCAACUUAUCCCAUUGUAACAACCGUGCUCUAAAAAUACAACAAUACAAUCUAAUCACUCCAUCGGCAUAUUGAUCAUAAAUUUAAUAAGUAAAUCCAGCUAUAACUCUGACUAUUUGCUAGCCAGAAAUGUCUGGGAAUCACAAUGUUGCCCACUCUGGAGCAGUAUACGCCGUGCUCUCAACGCCGAACGACGCCCGAGCUGGAAAUCGGGAUUUUGGCAGAUGUGCCACAGACGAAUCCAGCGAGGUGAGUGCUUUGUUCAGGGGACGCAUUGUCAACAAGAUGGAGCCUAUAAAUGGCGUAUUCAAGAAUCGAAAUUGGAUUGUCGACCUGUUGGCCAUAUUUUUUGGCAUCGGCACUUGGCUAGGCGUGAAUGGAACCUUUAUACAGUUGCCAUUGCUCGUGAAUGAGGCGCCAGAAGGCUGGAGUCUGCCAUCCUACCUUAGUGUAAUGGUCCAAAUUGGAAAUCUUGGACCGCUGCUCUACACUGCCUUCCAAAAGUACUCUCCAUGGAAGCUGAACGAUGGCUGGACUAUCCAUGCAGUGCUCACCAUUGGAACAUUGUCCUGCCUGCUGACCGCGUUCUUUUACAACCAAACGGCAUGGUUGAUUGGCAACGAGCACAGCGUGGCCCUCUUCAUAUUGACCAUCUUCACAGCCCUCAAUGCCUGCACGAGCUCUGUGCUCUUCAUGCCCUACAUGGGCCGAUUCAAGGAGCAGUAUAUGGUCACAUACUUCAUUGGCGAGGGCCUGAGCGGACUCUUGCCCAGUGUUACGGCUCUAGUGCAGGGCAUUGGUAAUACAGGCAGCUGCGUCCUGGUGAACAUCACCGAGACUGGCGAGGAGAUCUAUGAGCAUGAGACCCAGCCGCCGCUCUUCGACACCAAGGUGUUCUUUUUGAUAUUAUUUGGACUGAUGGUGCUCAGCUAUAUUGGUUAUACGUUGCUUCAUGCUCUGCCAUUGGCGAGGCGGGAACAUGCCCAGGUUACAGUGAGUAAGGGCAAUAAAUAUGUGUAUGGCCAGGAUGACAAUCAGCCAAAGGUGGAUCAACUUAGCCGUGGCCAAUAUGUCGCUCUGCUUCUGUUGAUAGGAACAAUAUCACUAUUCAGCAAUGGCAUGUUUCCUAGCAUACAAUCUUACUCCAGUGCGCCGUAUGGAACGAAGGCGUAUCAUCUGUCCGCUACGUUGAGUGUCAUUGCCAAUCCGGUGGCCUGCUUUUUGGCCAUGUUUCUGCAUUUCACAUCGCUUCGUGUUAUCUAUGUGCUCUCAACACUGGCCGCACUCCUCACCAGCUAUGUGUUUACCACAGCAAUCCUAAGUCCAUAUCCGCCACUCUACGAUGAGACUAUUGGCGUGGUCCUGGUGGUUACAGCGUGGACGCUUGUGAUUGGAAUUGUUAGCUAUACAAAGCUCGGCAUUACGACUGUGAUGAGAGCCCAGGGAGGCCAGUCCCUGGUCUGGGUGGGAGCCAUUACUCAGUUUGGCUCCGCUAUUGGAGCCAUCUCAAUAUUUUUUGCAAUUAACUACACGCGGUUCUUUCAGGCCGCAGAUACGUCAUGCUGAGCAACGUGAUUUGUUAUCUUAUUACCUCGUAGACAAUUUUAUUAGUUUAUAGCUUAGUUUAUAGAAUUAAAAUUGAGAAUUUAUAACAAAUACUUGUACUUAAAUGAGUUAAAUUUUGAGCCUGAUAUACGAAUGUUCAUUUUUGAAAUGUUAAACUUGAAUUUAUAUAAGCAUCUCAAGCA